GAAGGAACACAUUACCUGUAGGGCUGGGCGGAAGUUCCUCAGCUUGGACAGACGAAACAUGGCAAUGAACACGGCACACUAACCUGAUUGUGAAAAACACAUUUUAACAGUGACAUACCCACGCUUGUAGAAGCACAACACUGACGUUUCGACCGCUUGGCGAUGUGACCAAUACUUUAAGGCAGGACGUCUCUACGUACGCAGUGGAUCCCACCAUGCGGAUUACCACUAGCUGGUGCAGCAGUGAACGACUUGGUAUCCCUCGUGUUGGUAAGUGCUUCCAGAGGCAGCAGCACCAACUUGUGAUACUGUGCCUCAGAUAUCCAGCGAGUAAUGGUCCUGUAGCUCUGUAGCCUACUGAACACCCACCCUCUCGCGUCCCACGAGUUGACUACUUGUAUGCCACAUUCACUGCACCAUAUUGAAUCUAUUAGAAGAUCGGCCAAGCAAACAAAAAUCAAGAGGAGAGAACACACACAGCGUAAUUGACGCAUUAACGACAGAUACAUUGGCGUGUUUCGGAAGAAGACUGGAUACCUCGUUGCUGGCCUGCCUGUCGAAACACAUGCGUGGUAAGGGAGAACGCCUUUUCACUGGAAUAGGAGGCAGGAGAUUUCCACCUUUUGUGAGUUCCACUUCCGUUACGAACAAUACGAAAACUGGUCCAGUUCGCGGGAACGCCAGACCGUGCGCCGGUUCGGGUCAUGUUUUCCAUAUGGGCUGCGAUAUUGCUUCCAGGAACUUCCAUUACUUCUGGCGGCAUGAGCCAGUGGGUUAUUCCGUACACCACUAGGGACCGGGGUCGCUUCGCUAAUUACGAACACACUCGGAAGAGACAUCCCGGGAGCAGUGCCGCAAAGAUCUGCGGCAGCAGCCGCGGUUUCGUGGAGCCGUCAGCCAAACACAGCGAGAGCCUUGUACAGCCUUCUCCGCAAACGCGAAAACAACCUCAGUAUCAGGAAUAAAGCAGAAGCGUAAAAUGCUAUUGCACUAUGGUGAAAAUAAAAAGGCGAAGGAAAAGGUGAAUGCAUUUCGAAAAACCGUUCAGCUCUGGGGGCGCCCCAAUCGCUUCCAUGUUUUCCGCCAGCGACUCAAAAAGGAGACAGCUCCUCGGUCGAACGGAUCAUAUUAUUGAGUUUAAAUAAGAAUCAGAUAUGUUCGAUCGAAGGGCACCACAGUGUUUCUGUUCACAUCGAGUCCACGUCCACCAGGCCCUGUGGACUCGCCUAUGCCGUGAUUACAUGUUGAUCAGCGCCCGAGUCUGGAGCAAAACGACGUUCCUGCCGCUUAAGAUUGUUGCUUCUGUGUCAUUGAGCACCUGUCAACAAAGUUAAACGGGCUGGCUGUCAUCUCACGUAUUUUGUUGUUUGGACGAAGGCGACAGAACCGAGCGUUUUUCACCUACCGGCACGCAACGUUGAAAAGCUGGUCUGCGAAGCACUCCCUCGGCCAAAAAUAGAUCCGCCGUCGGUGGUGCGGUUGGCGGGGCCAGACACCGCAGUGUGCUUCGUCACCUUGACAUGUGGGGGGAGGGAGAGGGGGGGGGGUGAAGGCGAGCAUGAUGGCGACUUCAAUGGGGACGCAUUUGCUCCCGCAUUCGCGGACAUGACAGUUUGUCCCCGUCCUGAAGAUACCUGUAUGCCACUACUUUUGCCACUGCCCUGCGGGAGUGUUAUCUCUCGUUGCCUGCAUUUGUGCAUACGUAUAUGCUCUAGUUGUAAAACCAAGCGAUCGUUUCGUUAUUGGUGGUAAUGUUUUAGGCUGUCGAACCAUCGCUGCGUCCGACUCUCGCCCGUGUAACCGUGACGACUUCAACGCUCUUGCACCGUUUUCCCGGGAUGAUUCUCUCCACGGAAAGAAUGAAUCGCCCUGGUUGCCAUCGUGCCUCGCGAAAUGGCGGAAGGGCGUUUUUUUUCCUGUUGCUUGUUUCUCUCUCCUAUUUUUUUCUCUGGAGCCAAGAUGCCACCUUGUACGCGAAUGCGAAAGGGUGCUGCAAGAAAUCGUGUGGAGGCUCCCGUAAUCCAACACCAGCAGCAUCUGCUGCGGCACCUGCUGCAGAGGGUCAAGGCGGGGGCGGUCCGCCACCUAUUGGUGUGAUAGUUCCAAUCAAACUUGGAUACAAGUCAUAUUUCAUCUUCUCUGACAUUUACACCAAGCUUUACAAUUUGAUGAAAUCCGCAGUCGGCAAACGGCUUGGCCGUUUGUUCCGAGGGAGUGAUCAGCCGACAGCAGCCCGAGUCAGCUCACAUUGGCUCCACGCUCUUCUUCUGCAGUUGACAGGUGCCGUUCAACCAGCAAGUGUGACAAAGAGUGGCGAAGCGUUGGAAGGAACGGAGCUUAAUGGUGCAUCGCUUCAUGAUCUGGCUGAAAAAUUCGAGGUGAUCAGCUUGAACGUCUGGAAGAGCAGCGGGCCGAAGACUGGCAGUCCAGUUUGUGCGGUAGGUGACAGAGACUGCCGUUCAAGAGUUGAAGAAGUCCUGUAUACAGUUUUGACUCUCUUCUAUUCCACGGUUCUGUCAACCCACGGGUCUGGGGUACUCCUAAAGAAUUUCAAAACCAUUUUACAGUUGGACGAGUGCCCCUUCGCCGUCUACUCCGACCCCGCAUUUGUCAACGCAGCAGGUGAGGAGGGCUCGGUGAAUGUCUCUGCAGUGGAGACGCGGCUUGUUAAGCUGGGUGCAGGGAAAUACACCAGCGAAAGUUGCCGCAGAUUCCGUACCACUUUGCUGACUGAAAUGAACAAUGCUGGUGUGACCGUGGAAGAAGAAAUCAACAAGUUGAAGGCAGAAAAAGAGGGAAAAUCGGGAUAUUCUCUCUCAGAUCUCGUCCGAUCCAGCUACGCUAGUGCGCGCUCUUCUCCGUCGUUCAAUCAAAUGACCCUGCUGGCGGCUGUGAGGGGAGAAGCCGCGGCUCUUGGAAUGGAGCAUUCGAGCUGCGGCGAGAGACGUGAUGCAGUUGCUGCUGCCAUGUCCGCCGCCAAGGAGACAAUGAGUCCAGUGGUCUUCACUCAGUUCCUGGAGAAAACUGAGAAGGAGCUACGCAGCUCAGGCAACCUGUGCGACACAAUUGCGGAGGCUAUCGCGGUGGAGAAGAAAAGACUGGACGAGAAACAACCAGAGUCAGAAAAAGAGGAUUGCUGCUGCGAUAAUAAGGCAUGAGAUAAGUAGAUGGCUAAUGCCGCGAAGCAACGGAAACGAACGGACAUCUAGAAGAAAAAACGGGGAUUCUCUGCAAGGAAGAAGGCAGGCUAAGAUAUCUAGUAAACGACGAAUCGAAACAUGACGUACGAGUCGUUUGCGGAAGGGUAACUGGUGCCGACGACGCGGGUGCUAUCCCUGAGAAAAAAAGGUGACAUAUGAGGAGAGGAUUUGCGUGCUUUUCAAUACUUCUGUCCGGUAGUAGGCCGUCCAAGAAAACCAGCUCAUACUGGUUGGGAUGCAUGGUCCGGUGUCUUCGUACGGAUGGCGGAAAUGCGUUUCACUGGUGCGCUGCAUUAGCUCCUCAAGAAACAUGCACCCCUUGCCUCUAAUCGUCCAAGAUAAAGAUGAUGUGAGCCCCUCACAGUUGCAAUGUACGACCCUGUCCUUUUGAGGUGAUGCUUUCGCCCAUCUGUCUGUCUGCAUUUGUCACGUCUGUAUGCCAUAGUGCCAGAAAGGGUGAAGUUGAUCAGGAACACUCACACCGAAGCAAUUGUGACAGAAUGUCAUUGAGUUUUUUUGCGGAAGCGUAGACCUGUUGGUCGUAGCGGGGCAGUGUCGGCCAUUGGCACCUACUGUGGAACAGAAUCAGGUGCUGCGAUAUUUCCGUCCAUCCACCGUUGUACGAAGCGUCCGCCUUCACUGUAAUUCCUCGGCUAUUCACUUUUUACUCGUGUUUGUGACGCCAUAGCUGUUCAAGAUCGCAAUUCAAGUUUCGCGAACUCAAGGGAGCUGUGUGGCGUGUCAAAACAUGAGAAAAGCGGACACAAGUGCUGUCGAGUUAUUGAGGGUUCUUCAGCUCAUGGACAGGAGUGGCUUGUACUUCAUCGCUCUUGAAUGCUGUAAUUUUCCGAAGUAAGGUCAUGUGAUGCUGUAGGACCUUCCGUUGUCAUAAUGCCGUUGUAUAUUGUUUUCUUUGAAGUGGCCAGAGUGAUUCAUUGGGGCAGGUUCCGCUGUUCAGUUGCGAACGACAGCCUCAAAUUAUCACUCGAGUGGAAGCAUGCUCGACCGGUGGGGGGUACUGUGGGUCGUGUGUUUAAGUCGUAGAAUGGCUAGUUGUUGGCAUGCUAAUAAUGCUGAGGUGACAGAUUUGUAUAAACAGAUCCGAGAUACUUCGUGAGUGUUUUAUCUGGUGGGGAUGUUGGGUGUCACUACGUCGUUUGCGAAGGAUCGGUCUAGGCAGAGGAAGAAGGGUUGCGGUUGGUUAUCAGUCACUGUGUGCAACGGUGAAUUUUAUUACCAGUUGCCGAAGGUGCCGAUGAUGUGGCUAUACAGAUACCCUUUCUACCAUCCAUAUAGUGUGCCUGUCCAAGGGACAGCCGAGCAUUGAGGGUCCUGUGCUCGAAGGUGGCGCCGCGGCGGUUGAAGUCAUACGUGUGGCAAAUCGUGUGAGUCGGGCUUCUCAUCCUUGUAAACAAGUUGCGGGAAGGCAAUCUCACACCGAACGCAUUCCGUCAACCAUAGAAAUUUCGGCGUUGUGGGUGACGGUGUGGCAUAUUUUGUUGUUACGCGACCAUUGUGGAACUAGGCUCCUGUUCGUUGUUUUUGUUUCUGCCGCGAAAAAAGUUUCCCUUCCGGUUUCCACCAAUGCCGUGCUGAAUCAACAAAUUAGCUCCGCUUGCGCGGGUCACUCUGUGUGCGUUGUAUAGUAGUAUUUCUCAUGUCUCGCGUAAACUGUCAAGGCCAAACUGUAAAACGGAGGCUUGGAACUGGCACGGAUUAGAGCGUUUAAACCCGCGGCUGAAAUGUGGGAAAACAGUGGUUAUACCGUAGCAUCACUAGCAGUGCUGCUAGGUAGGAUCAGUUCUUCCUCGCAGAGCGACAAGAGUUGCUGGCGGUAGCUGAAAGCGUCUCUCGUAUACCGUGGGUACCGUCCAUGAUGGCGUUUUGAUGGGCCACCUUGGAAAGCCUGGUGGCUUCGAUCCUGUCAGCGGCCACAUGCCGAGCUCGCAGAACUGUCUCUGAAGACAUGAUGUGUGAUGCUUGGCUGUUGCGAUUUCCACAAAUGCGCAUUCACAUCAUAGAGUAAGAGGAACUAUCCGGACUCGGAUCCGUUUGUGAAUUAUUGCAUGUCUGUGACUGUCGCUGACCACGAUUAAGUAUCGUAGUCUCUCGCUUGCCGUUUAGCUGAAUCACUGAAAUCAUAUGUAUACAUUAUAUAUAUCUUGCACGGCCUUGAAACUAUACGAUAGGGAAAGGAAACGUCUUGAGCAUUUUCCGUGCGGUGUGAUCCAUGCUGGAAGGGUUGCUGAAAACAUUACACCGUAGAUGCGACCCGUCUACAAGCACGCUCUCAUAGCUUUGUUGCAAGUGCUUUGACAAGAACGCAUGUCGGACCAUGCCCCGCUCUUCUUACACCUCCCCAUAUACAUAGUUGCUCCUUUACUGAUAUAUGGGACCAUGCCCCGCUCUUCUUACACCUCCCCAUAUACAUAGUUGCUCCUUUACUGAUAUAUGUGCGGAACGUGGAGCUGGCGAAGCAUCAGGGAUUGUCACGAGCUUUUCUCCAGCCUUAUACAGAUCAUGCCAGUGUGAAAGCACCUGGUUUUCCUGAUGCCUUGUGUAAGCUGCACUGUGACUUGUCUGAAUGCAAAAACUGCUUUCCCCACAGGUGCCACCCUUAAGCACUCGAUGAAACAACUGUAACACGUGC